AUGGCGACAGAAGAUGAACUUGAAAAUUUGCGUAAAGAACUAGCUAUCGCUCGUCUAUCAUAUGAUCAACAGCUACACCAAUCACAAAAUCGGUGUCGAGAGUUGCAAGUAAUCAAUGAGAGUCAAAAGCAGCGUUUAAACGAGUAUCAAUCACUUCUCGAACGAAAUGAACAAGAAAAGCAAAAAGCUCUUAAUGACAGUAAAACUGCGAAUGAAGAGGUUGAUAGUAUUCGUUUUGAAAUAGCACGAAUGGAAAUGGCGUUGCAAGAAGAAAAAGCAAGUCGACUUGCUCUAAUUACAAACAAAGAUCAAGAGUUAGUUCAAACAAAAGAGGCAUAUGAACAAGUGGCGGUUUUACGAUCACAGUAUCAACAACAAAUUUUUGAUCUUCAAAAUGAACUGCAAUCAGUUAAGAAGAGCGAAUACCAAUGGAGGAAUAAAGUAACAAUUUCAGAGGUGGAGAUAGAGUCACUCAAAAGUCGACUAUCUUCAAUUGAUAAAGAUUUGAAGCAUUGGCAAGAUCUUACAAGAACCACAGCGGAGAGUAAGAAUAAAGAAAUCGAUACACUCAAUGGAAAGGUCGAAAAAUUAUUGAUUGAACUCGACACAGCACGACAACAAGGGAGUCAAUAUGAGUAUGCUUUCAAAGAACAGAUUGUCAUAGUUCAGAAAACAAAUGCGGAAAAAGAAGAUAAAGAAAGAUAUUACAAAGAAGUAGUGGAUAAAGUCUUAGCUGAAGGAAAAUCUUUAAAGAGAUUGAAUGAAAUAUAUGAAAAACGCCAGCAAGAAGAUAAAGAGACGAUUAAUAGAGCACAAAGAGAGAUAGCUGAUCUUCAAUAUUCUUUAUCAGAAACAAAUAAUAAACUGAAUCAGUCUCAAUCAGAAAUAGAAAAGUUGAAUGAAGAUAUUCGGCGGAUAGAGGAUGAAAAUAAACAUUUGAGCCAAAUAUCAUCUGUAUCAUCAGUUUCUCCGGGAAGUGCCGUUAGCAUGGCAUUACAGUCUAAGGGAAAAUCUAUUGUGCAGAUGUAUUCGGAGUAUUCAAAGCUUCAAGAGCAAUUAUUACAAGAGAGAAGAAAGAAUCGGGAGCUAACUGAAGCACUAGCAACUUUCAACAAAGAACUCGAAAAUUAUACCCCGCUUCUUCAUCAAAGAACGGUGGAGUAUAAUCAAAUGGUUGCGGAAAAUCAAAACAUUUCAGAGCAGCUAAGAGCGUGUCAUGAAGAGAUUCAACAAUUUAAUCAAUCGGUAAACAAUUUACAAUCAGAAAAUCAGCAACUAACGGAUCGUAAUAAUCAACUGCAGAACGAAAAGGAAGUGUACAUAAAACAUAACUCGAUAUUAAUACGUCAAGUUAAUGAAUUUCGAGGAGGAGCUCCAAGCUCACCUCAAACGGAUAUUGGAGAGGAUAAUGAACCACAUGAUAUUGAUAGUCUUUAUAGAUUAAGUUUUAACCUAAAGGCCGAGAAAAAGAGUUUAAUGAAGAAGAUCUCUACACUUGAAAAUCAAAUUAAAGUGCUACAAGAUCAGAUCACUUUGAAAGACUCAGAAAAUCAAUCCGCUGUGCAAGAAAUUUCUCGCCUUCAAAUGAAACAGCGACAAUUAUGUUCGCAAGUUGAAUCACUUGAGCGAGAGCGAGGAUUACAGCAAGAAUUGACGUUACGAGGAAGUAUCAAUAGCAUCCAAGAUAGCAACUCUUCUGUAAGAAUGAUUUCAUCAGUUCUUGGUACUCGUGGGCGCGAUUACGAAGCAGAAGUUUCCGAUCUUAAGUCUCGACUUGAGAUUUCAUUGCAAGAAAUGAAAGAUCUUGAUGAAAGGCUUCAAACCGCGAAUCAAGAGUUGUCAACGCUCCGUCACGAAAAAAUUCAAUAUUCAUAUGAUCGACAAAGCUGGGAAGAUCGACACAAGAUUAUUCAAGGACAUUUAAAUAUAAAAGAGGAAGAGUGUCAAAAUACAAAGACAGUUUUAAAUCAAAUCCAAAAAUUGAACGAGCAAAUGGAAAGACAAUUGACAAAGGCAAUUGAUGAGAAUUCUAGGCUGAAUGUGGAAAUCGCAAAUUUGAAAAAUGAUCUUAGUAGUCAACAAAUUAAAUGGGAGGAAUCGCAAAAACGAAUCAACAAAGAGAUGGAUGAUCUUAUAGGUUCAAAAAGCGAAGCCGAAAACUUGGCGCGAAAUGUUCAGAAACUGACAGAGGAGAAGGAGCAUGUAGAUAGCGAAUAUAAAGUUGCACAAGAAAAAUUAUUAGCUACACAAGCAAAAUGUGAUAAUUUGCAAGAACAACUUGUUUCUGUGAGCGAGAAGUAUUCUAAUUCCUUAAAAAAAUCAUCUGAAGAGCAUAGCAAAUUCGUUGAAUCAAAUAAGGUGUUGCAAAAUAAGAUUACAGAGCUAGAAAAUGAGAAUCGAAAUCGUUUAACAAAAAUGGAAACACUUACGAAAGAAAUUCAGACGCUGAAAGACCAGCUUUCUGUUUUCCAAGCAAGCGAUCAAGGUGUCGAAAUUGUCAGAUUGAAGACCGAAUUAGAAGCUAAAGAAAAGGAAAUUGUUAAUAUACGAGAUGAGUCUCAAACCUACAAAGAGUUAUACGAAAAAUACCAAACGCAAUUAAAAAAGAACGAGCAAAUGUAUAACGAAUUAAAAUCUGCUGCUGAUGAAGAACGAGAGACAAAUCUAGCCUUGAUAAAAAAACUUCAAGAUGAGCUCUAUCCUGUAAAGGAGGAGCUCGAUCAAAAGAUUGAUGAAUUGCGUAGUAAAGAUCAAGAGCUUACAACAGCACGUAGCGAAGUAGUAAAGUUAGAACAGAUGCUAAAUGAAGUUCGUGAUAACUCUAACACUGAAACACAUCAGCUCCGUGAAGAAAUGACUAAACAAGAAAAAUUAUUAGAAGAAGCACAAAAUAAAUACAAUCGUGAAGUGCUUGUUCAUGCUGAAGAUGCUCAAUCUAUACUCGCUUUAAAUUCAAGACAUGCACAGCUGAAAUCUGAAUUUGACCAGUUGAAGAUUCAGUUACAAAAGUCAGAAGAACUUUGGAAUGACGAAAAAGAUAAACUUGAAAAAGAAUUGGAAAAGACACUUCAACGAUGCAACGAGCUUGAAGAAAGCAAUAAAACGCUUCAUGAAUACUUUGAUGUCGAUUCUGGAAGGACAGUAUCCCAAGACCAAAUAAUAUCACUUUUGCGUAUGGAAAAAGAAAGGGCAGAAACCCAAAGAGAAGCACUUGCACAACAAGCUGAAAGAUAUAAGGCGCAAUAUGAGCACACUCAAAAAUCAUUGGAUGAAUUGCGUGAGUUACUUAUUCAGGAACGUGAGCAAGCAGAUAAGGGUGGACCUUUGGAGAAAUUGCAAACAGAGCUUUCAGAAAAAAAUAUUCAAUUAAAACUCCUUGACGAAAGCAACCAGACAUUGAGAGCUGCAAGUGAGCGAUUAGAGAAACAAGUUGUUACAGCGCAAUCUUCGUUGAAAGAAGCAGAGGAAAAAAUACAAACAUUAGAUGUGCAAGUUAAGAGUCUACAACUUGACCGAGAUAGUUCCGUUCAAGAAGUGAAAAUACUCAAAGAGGAUCAAGAACGGUGGAAAAACCGAUUCCACACCGUGCUACAGAAAUAUGGUAUCAGCGAUCCUACCGAAUUGCAAAAUUUAAAGGAUAAUCUGAAGUCCACAACGGAAGAGCGCGAUAAGCUUAAAGCAGAAAAUGGUAAACUACGGAACGAUUUCACUUUGGCAAGGAAACAGUGCGAAAUUGUUAAAAGUCAAGCAAUAAAGAUUAAGAAUAAGCUUGAUCUAACGGAGAAAGAAAAAGUUACUCUUACACAAGAUCAUGCAAAAUUAGAAAAAGAUAAAACGACACUUACUCAAGAGCUUUCAAAAGAAAAAACUAACCAUGAAAAUCUUCGGAAAAGAGUGAGUAGUAUGCAAAAGAGUUUUAAAACCGUAGCCCAAGCUGAACAAAUAAAGAAAGAACUAGAAGAACUGAAGCAAAAACAUCAAGAUGUUACUAAAGAGUUAGAGGAGACAAAACAGCAAAGUGUGGAGUUUACAAAGCAAAUUGAAGGGCUAAAGAAAGAGUUACAAGAAGAGAAGGAGAAAACCUCAGAUUAUCUCCGGUAUAAAGCACAAGAAUCGAUGUUUUCUAGCAAAAUUAAAAGGCUGGAGGCAGAAAAGGCAGAGUUGAAAAAUCAGAUAAAUCAGUUUCAACAACAAAUGAACACCCAAACAAAUGUUCCAAAAUCAGACAAUGUGCAGAGUACGGCAGAAAUAGCGCCAUCUACGCCGCCAUCCACCUUGCCCCAAAUAAACAUAACGAAGCCUCCCACUCCAUCGCAACAAACGAAGCCCCCUACUCCUUCGCAACAAACGAAGCCCCCUACUACCUCGCAACAAACGAAGCCCCCUAUUACCUCGCAAGCAACGAAACCUCUCACUCCUCCGCAAGCAACGAAACCUACUACUCCACCGCAAGCAACCAAACCUCUUACUCCCCCGCAAGCAACGAAAUCCCCAACUCCUUCGCAACCAACAUCAACAGCACUAACGAUUAUUUCGCCUCCAAUUAACGUUCCUGUAAAUGUUACUGAGACUAAGGAGAUCUCUCAACCAUCUAGUAGCGCAGAAACUAAUGAUGGAACCGCGGCUGCGGCUACGUCGCCAUCUUCAAAACAAAUCGUUGCGUCUGUUCCUCCCACCAUUACAGUUACACCGAACGCACCGAACACACCAAAGGAAAAGCCACCAGUCAAAUUACAAAGGAAUCGUGUUCCAUUAACAACUUUACCUCAAUCACCGAAGAUAACACCCGUUCAAGUCGUAGUAUCGACACCACCGCCAUUAGAAGAGCAGCAAUCAGCCGUACGCACAUCAGCCAUUCCUGAGUCUCAACCUAAUGAAACCAGCAUAGUCGAAUCUUCCGAAACAGAAAUAACGGUGCAGCCAACUUCAACAGAAGUCGCUAGUACUCCUACUGAGGUUGCUAGUCGUAAGCGUUCUAGAGAUGAAUCCGAAGAGACUACUUCAACUGGUAAUGUAACUACUGGAAUGCAAGAUGUUCAAAUAUCUGACAAUACAAAUUCUAAUGUUGAAGCCUCGGUACAGUCUCCUGCUAACAAAAACAUUGAAGAAACGACGGUUAUGCCAGAAUCAGCAGAUAAUAAUCAAAUCGAUACCAAUGAAUCAGAACAACCAUCUCCUAAAAGAGUUAGGGUAGAAGAUAGUAAUUCAGAUAUUUGA